UUUCAUUUUAAUUUGUUUCAUGCAGUUUCGUUUCCAAAACGUUUACUGCAGUUUGCUUCAAAGCAGAUAGAACUCUAGACUGGAGUAAACGUUGGAUUUUGCGGCGAGCUUAGUGCUAAUAAAGUUUGGAUUUUAUUUAUGAAUAAAAAUAUAUGACAUAAUUGUCAUAACAAAAUAUAUACUAAAUUGAACUUUCAAGUAGCUUUUGUGCAAGAAAAAUAUGGCUAGUGCUGAAUCCGAAUCGCGUUCAAGCCGCUGGCGUAAGGCGUUGGUUGGUCCUUUACCACCAGAUUUUCUGCGAAUAACUCCCACUCGAGAUGUCCAAGAAGCCGCAGAUUGUCAGGCAGCAAUGGCGCUUUAUCAGCAACCGCAGUAUGUGGCACCAACUGUUGUGGGUCGUUUAAGCAUUACAUGCGCGCAAGCACGAUUGGCUCGCAAUUAUGGACUGACUCGCAUGGAUCCAUACUUACGUAUACGUGUUGGUCAUUUUGUUUAUGAAACUCAAACUGAUCCGAAUGGUGGCAAAAAUCCACGUUGGAAUCGUGUCAUAUUGAGUCAAUUACCCGUUGGCGUUAACUCCAUUUACGUUGAAAUUUAUGAUGAGUGCAGCUUUAAAAUGGAUGAACUUAUUGCUUGGUGUGAAAUUAAGAUUCCCGAUAGCGUUAUGAGAGGUGAAACACACGAAGAAUGGUAUCCAUUAAGUGGUAAACAAGGGGAAGGUCUUGAGGGUAGCAUAGAUAUUGUUUUAAGUUUUUCAAAUCAACCAAUGCAGCCUUAUAUGUAUCAACAAAUACCAGCAUCAGGCCAUAUGUUAAUGGUGCCACCUGGACGUCCCAUGCCAAUUUUUGUAGCACCACCACAACAGCCACAGCCUGCAGCGACUUUAGCACCAAUACCGCAGCUUACUGAAGCUGAUUUUAAACAGAUUCAUGAAAUGUUUCCUAACAUUGAUAAAGAGGUGGUUAAGUCAGUAUUUGAAGCCAAUCGUGGCAACAAGGAUGCAACCAUAAAUUCUUUGUUGCAGAUGAACGAAUAAACAAUUAAAAUAGGUGUAUAAGAGGACCAUUUAAAGUUUUUUAUUUAUCUUCUUGAAUUUACCAUCACAUUUGUUAUUUCUUUAUAUGGUGUUUUACAUUGUUUUUAUUAUUAUUAUAUCUACUAUUUACGUAUUAAGUAAUACUUUUAGAUUUGUAGUUGGGAAUAUUAUUCAUUUUCGACAACUAAAUUUUGAUCUAUAAUUAAAAAAAAAGUUUUGAAAAACAAGGAAGUUUAAUAACUUAUCAUUUGCUAAUAAGUUAAACAAUGAAUUGAAGUUAAAGUUAUAAUAACCGCUGAAAAUGUUAAAUUGUUUAAUAAUAAUUUUUGUUUAAUCGUACAAUCGAUUUGGUCCCUGUUCAUUACUUACAACUCAAAAGCCAUGCGAGGACGUUAAUUUAUUAAUUUAAUUUAAAAUUGAUUUAAAUUUUAAUAGCCGUUGAAAACGUUUAAUAUAUUUUAAUAAUAAAUUAUAUUUAAUUGUACAAUCGAAAGUUUUGGUCUCUGUCCAUUACUUACAACUCGUAAGCCAUGCGAUGACGUUAAUUUAUUUAAAAUUGAUUUAAAUUUUAAUAACCGUUGAAAACGUUUAAUAUAUUUUAAUAAUAAAUUAUAUUUAAUUGUACAAUCGAAAGUUUUGGUCUCUGUCCAUUAUAUAGAGCUCGAAAGUUAUGCGGGGACGUUAAUUUAUGAACAUAUUUAAAAAUAAAUUCAAAUGUAUAUUGAACUCUCGAAAAUGAUUAAUAUAUUUUAACAAUAAUUUUUUUAAUUAUAGACUUGUAAAUUUUGGUCUCUGUCCAAUAUUUAGAAUUUGAAACUUACAUGAGAG